AUGAUACAUUCUCUCCCCCGACUUUUAUCUGUCUAUGUAGUUGACGAUAGAAAAAUCGUUACUUUCAAUCGGAAAAGAGCUCCCCGUUUGCAACAUGCUUACCCCUGUACGAAGCCCUGUAACGGGGCCCCCUGUCAGCGUGCCGCCAAUGCCGAUGGAGACAUCAGUGGCCCAGGCCCACUCGUCUUCAUCCGCGAAACAAAGCAACACCUCGGCGCCCCCAAACCAGCCCAGAAACGCAAAAGGGAAUCGCUGCUACCGAGCACGGGCGACAAAUCGUGGAUGAAGGCCGACAAGAUGUCGAACGGAUUCGAUCGACAACAUGCGUCCUUCCUGAGCAGCAUGUCGGCGGCUGCCUCGAAGCUCGGCUCCGGCGCAGGCACCAAACGAUCGCUCGCCCCGCCGUCGCCGUCGCCCUCGGUCGGCUCGACCACCUCGGUCGCCGCCGGCGCCGGCAGCCUCACCCCGCGCAAGGACCGCCACGACACCCCCAGCAAUGCCAACAACAACAUUGUCUACUCGCAGCCCGCGCUGACGGGCACCGGCGACAGCAUCAUCUCGCAGAUGGCCUACGCCGUGUCGUGGCUGCGGCAGAAGGGCGAACCACAGACCUGCACCGACGUGCUGGGCUACCUGUCGGCGACGGGGCGGCCCGAGAAGGAGCAGGAGUUCUUCGUGGACCAGAUGCGGCGCAACCCGCAGAUCCAGUGGAUCCCGGACCCGGCGCUGAGCGAGCAGACGUGGCGGUCGGGCACGUACGCGCACCGGCCCGCCAUCCCGGACGUGCGCACCAAGACGCAGCUGCUGGCCCACCUGCAGAAGAAGACGGACGCCAGCGGCGUGUCGGUCAAGGAGCUCAAGGACGGCUGGCCCGAGUGCGAGUCGGCCAUCACGGAGCUCGAGGCGGAUCACCGCGUGCUGGUCGUGCGUGCUAAGAAGGACGGCGCCGCCAAGAUGGUCUGGCUCGACGACGCUUCGCUGUUUCAUGAGGUCGAGCCCCAGCUCAAGCUGCUCUGGGCCCGCGUCGAGCUGCCCAGCAUCGAGAACAUCGUGCCCAAGCUGGUCGCCGCCCAGCAGAAGCCCGCCUCCGAGGACCCCCGCAUCAAGGCCAGCCAGGCCCCCAAGCUGGACAAGAAGAAGAAGCGCGUGCAGAGGAAGUCGGGCAAGUCGACCAACGUCCAUAUGGAGCACUUGUUGAAGGAUUACAGCCAUAUGAAGCGCUGA